AUGUCGGAAUUUGUAUGCACGCCCAUCAUGGGCGUCAAGUUCGAGCUCACCUCACGCUAUUCGGAUCCAUUGCCUGUUGAGCUAGACGCCUUUGGGCUGAUAUGCUCUGCAAAAGAUCGCAUUCUAAACAAACUGGUCGCUGUGAAGAAAAUCACUAGACCGUUUGGUUCUUCUAUGCUCGCGAAGAGCGCGCUUCGUGAAGUGAAGCUUCUUCGAUAUAUGCGACAUGAAAAUAUAAUCGGUCUUGCCGACGUCUUUAUCUCUCCGCAAGAAGACUUGUAUAUUGUGACGGACCUAAUGUGGACCAACUUACAAGUCCUCAUCGCAAAAGGCCCCCUCCAUGGCGACUUUGCCAAAUGUUUUUUAUAUCAAAUCCUGCGUGGAUUAAAAUAUGUUCACUCGGCCGGCAUCAUCCACCGUGAUCUGAAGCCACAUAGUAUACUCAUUGAUGAGAACUGCGACUUGAGAAUAUGCGAUUUCGGCCAUGCUCGACUUCAAGACUUCAAAAUGACCGGAUACGUUGCAACGCGAUAUUACCGCGCUCCAGAGAUCAUGCUAAAUUGGCAAGAAUAUUCCGAAAAGAUGGAUAUCUGGGGCGCCGCAUGCAUUUUGGCAGAGAUGCUGAGAGGAACUCCGUUGUUUCCAGCUAACAGCCAUCCCGAUCAAUUCGCCCUUUUCGUUAACCUUCUAGGAAACCCGUCAGAACAUAUUGUGGACAAAAUUAAGAAUAAUAAUACGAGGGCUUUCGUCCAGUCUUUACCAAAGUGCGAGCGACGGCCAUUGACAGAAACAUUCCCUGAUAUGGAUCGUGAAGCCCUCGAUAUACUCGAAAAAAUGCUUUCUUUCGACGUUGACGAGCGUAUCAGUGCAGAGGUUGCACUCUCGCAUCCUUAUGUGGCAACGUACCACGACCCCACGGAUGAGCCGGUAGUAGACUUACAAUUCGACUGGCGUUUUGAUAACGCUGAAGUCAAUAUCGAGGCCUGGAAAACCGCAGUGUAA